AUGAUUUUGGAGCUUUGCUUGGCCGCUGCUGGUGUCUGCACGUUGCAGAUGGCAUGGAAUUUCUUUUCCAGGGCGAAGAUGUCGGUUGAGGGCAAGCACGUGCUCAUCACAGGGGGCUCCCAAGGGCUUGGGCUUGCCUUUGCCAAGCUUUGCUUCGCACGGGGCGCCAGGGUGACAAUCGUUGCGCGGACGAAAGCCAAGCUUGAGCAAGCGUGCGAGGAGGUUCGGAUCCAAGGAGCUGCUACAGGAGCAAAGAUUCAAUACUUGGAGAUGGACGUCUCCAGUAUGAAGUGCAGCACCUUCUCCGAGCUCAUGGGCCGUGCUGCAGAAAGCUUCGGGCGUGUGGAUGUGGUGGUGGCCAAUGCUGGGACAG